CCGAUUGCUUGUCGACCGAUAGUAACGCGUUGUAGCCUGCGUAACGUUCUCUUGUCAGCGCUGGUCAAACAACAACAGCCGGUUUUUGACGGCGGGUUUGUUUACAGCCUGUUUUUUCGUCCCAAAACUAUCCCAACCGGAACAUUUCCCCAUCUCACUGCAAAAUCCCUUCUAAUUAGGUUUUAAAUACCACCUACAACGUACUUUGGGUGCAAUUACUCGUACAUUUAGUGUCACUCGAAAUAAUAGACUAUCGUUCAUGAUCAGUGAGCUGAUAGCAACCGAACAGAAAUUGUAAAUCAGACACAAUCAAAACAAACAUUAGCUCAAUACGUAAAAUGUUCUGCGUGAUUCGACGGCGAUUUCUUCUCCAGCUUCCAGUUAACCAAAUAUGCCUGUGACAUUCAGGCAAUCGUACACAGAAACAUCACGUCACAGCUGCUGCAAGUUCAAUUAAUCUGCGAUUGCAACGAACCAAACAUCCGUCCACUUUACCUUGGCAUCGCGUACAACCGGUUUUGUAACACCAGUUCACCAUACACAUCCAUUGCCGGCCCUGUUUUGCGAUGAAUUACUACUACGAUGAUUAUUAUGAUGAGUAUUACGACCAUCCGGAUCAGGCUGCGGCACGAUUAUUCCAUCGCGACCUGAGUAUCGAAGAAACGAUCAAGAAUUGCGUGCAUCCAUCGCUUAGAUUUGCCACACAGUACAUCACCAAUUUCAUCGCCAUUAACUUGCUGUUCAGCGUGCUAGUCCUGAUCGUGCGGAAAGUAUUUCCAACCGCCCAACGUUCGCUGCACUUACUAAGCUGUGUCUGCGGUGCCGCUCUGGUGUACCGUGUGAUUGACCAUGGUUUCUACCACUUCCUACAGCUGGCUGUCUCGCUGUACGCGGUGCAAUGGACGCUUCAUCGAUGGUUAACCGGCACGGGUCGCUAUAUCAAAACACCAUUCAUCGUUAUAGCAUACGGCAUCGGUAAUCUGCUCGUCAGUGAACUGCUGGAACCAUCGCCAGAAACGUGGAACCGCAUUCGCGGAACACAGAUGAUCCUACUGAUGAAGGCACUGUCCUUAGCCUUCGAUACGGACGACAACCAUUCUCUGCGCAGUCAGCUGACCGUGCUGUCUUACUCCGGCUACAUACUGUGCCCAGCUAACAUCGUCCUUGGACCGUGGAUCUCGUUUAACGAUUACUUAAACAUCUGGAAGCCACCGGCUGGAAUCGAGCCGAAGCAGUGCCGAUCAUCAUCCGGUCGCCGAAUGUUAAUACACGUGUUCCGGAUCGUAACCAGCGCACUGAUGGCAGUCGGGUUUUUGCUUACCUCCAACUGCAUGAUCGAUUACCUGCUCACUCCAAUCAACAGCUGGAAGUGGGUCCGAGCGUAUGGCCGGGCCCUUUCCUUCCGUACCAGUCACUACUUCAUCGGUUACCUCUCGCAGUGCUCCAUGAUGGCUGCUGCCGCCGAUUGGCACAGAGCAGAAGACGAAAGAUCGAUAAUGCUUCCAGUGAGCUCGCUGUACCGCAUAACAUCCCCCAUGGCGGUUGAGUUUCCCCGUUCGCUGGUGCAGGUGGUAACGGCAUGGAACAUUCCGAUGCACCUUUGGUUGAAGCGCUACAUCUUCCGCACGACAAAGCGUCCUUUUGGUACCGGUACUGCGAUAGCGCUCACGUACAUCAUAUCUUCGCUGCUGCACGGUUUGCAUUACCGGCUCUGGAUAACGCUGCUAACCAUCGGCUCGUGGACGUUUGUGGAACACGAGGUACGGAAAAAGCUCGCCACCAUCUAUUCGGCGUGUGUUCUCGUUGGCAAGUGCCCCAGUUCGUGCACGGUGCACCAGCACAAAAGCAACAGCGUGUUCUGCAUCGUGAUUAACAUGCUCUUUUUCGCGCUAAACAUCUUCAAUCUCAUUUAUCUGGGAUGUAUUUUCGAAUCCAGCGAAGGACCACCGGAUGAAGUGCAGCAGGAUAAAUCGAUGUUUGGCCCUUGGACGGAGCUCAACUAUGCUUCCCAUUGGUUAUUAGUCUUCGCUUACCUGUUCUAUUUCGUUAUCUGAUAAAGCGUCAUACGUGUUGUUGUAGGGUUUGAAGUGGUCUAAUUAGCUUAUCAUAUUUCUUCCUCCUUAAUGAACAUCAAAACAGUAUUCCGCGAUCAAUUACUAAUAUGCAAACGAUUCCAUCUACUAAAUCAGUCAAUUUAGAGCAUUCUAGAGAAGCACAAACUACUAAUAUUGUGAUAUGUUUUGAAAGUCAUUUUGAAUUGUCAUUUUGAAAUGGUUGUCAAAAAUCAAUUACUCUGCUAGCUACUAACAAAUUUACCGUUAAGUAUUUGCAAACGCUCUCUUAAACAAAUAAAUUACAAUAUU